AUGGCCACCAAGCCCGUCCAGAACAAAGGCUUCGGCAUGCAUGUCGAGCACCCGCCUCACCGGGAGCCUCACAAGCCGAGCGGCAUGAAGGUCGACAAGCCCAACUUUAUCAUCUUCAUGCCCGACCAGUUGCGCUACGACGCUCUGGGAUGCAACGGGAACAAGCUCGUCAAGACGCCCAACAUUGACGCCUUUGCCGCCCAGGGCACCCGCUUCACCAACUGCUUCCUGCAGGCCUCGGUGUGCUCCCAGUCGCGCUGCUCCAUGUUCACGGGCAACUACCCGCACGUGUCGGGCCACCGCUCGCUCGAGAACCUCAUCAAGCCCUGGGAGCCCAACCUGUUCCGCGCGCUCAAGGAGGAAGGCGGCUACCACGUCGCCUGCCUGGCGCCCCGGGGGGACACCUUCGCGCCGCACGUCACGGAGCUGUCGGUCGACGAGUACGGCUUCCUCGAGACGCCCGAGUUCCUGCCGCAGUUCAAGAAGGGCCCCCCGCCGGACCCGGAGAACAUCUGGAGCCGGCUGUUCUACAAGGGCCUGCGCAACGCGUCGGCGGCCAUGGACUACGACGACGCGGCCGUGCGCAGCGCGCUGAAAUGGCUCGAGAGGCCGCCGGCGGACAAGCCGUGGGUGCUCUUCCUGCCGCUGCUCUUCCCGCACUGCCCCUUCCAGGUCGAGGAGCCGUACUUUUCCAUGUACGACCGCAAGGAGAUGACGGCGCCCGCGAGCAAGGACGACAAGACUGGCUACGAGCCGCGCUACAUGAAGGCCCUCCGCGAGCAGCACGGCACGCACCGCGCCACGCCCGAGAUCUGGGCCGAGAUCAUGGCCACCUACUACGGCAUGAUCAGCCGCCUCGACGACCAGUUCGGGCGCAUCGUCGACAAGGCCCGCGCCAAGGGCCUCUGGGACUCGACCGUGACCAUGUUCUUCACCGACCACGGCGAGUACCUCGGCGACCACGGCCUCAUCGAGAAGUGGCCCUCGGGCCUGUCCGAGUCGCUCACGCGCGAGCCCCUCAUCGUCGGCGGCGCGGGGCUGCCGCAGGGCGUCGUCUACGACGGCAUGGCCGAGAUGGUCGACCUGCUGCCCACGAUGCUGCAGAUGGCCGGCGUGGGCGAGUACUUUAUGCACUGCGGCAAGUCCAUGUGCGAGCUGCUCGUCAGCGGCGGCAGGGACCCCCGGACGGGCGGCGAGAUGAGGCACCGCGACUACGCCUUCAGCGAGGGCGGCUACCUGACGAGCGAGGAGCCGCUGCUGGAGCAGAGCCCGUACCCCUACGACAUCAAGGCGUCGCUGCAGCACGGCGACACGGAGCUCGUGGGCAAGGCCAUCUCGGUGCGCGACAGGGACUGGGCGUACGUCUACCGCCUGUACGAGCCGCCGGAGCUGUACAGCCGCCGCGGCGACGACCCCUACGAGCUGCACAACCUGGCCGAGCUGCCCGAGUACGCCGAGCAGAGGCGGCGGUUCGAGGGCGUCGUGCUGCGCUGGCUGGUCGAGAGGACCGACGUCAUGCCCUGGCAGAAGGACCCGCGCUUCCCCGAGGUGCAGCUGGAGAGCCCGCUGAGCCAGUGGGAGAAGAGGGGGGCGCAGCAACAGGAGCAGAAGGCGGCGCCGGCGGCGUAA